AUGGCUACUGUUUUACCUUCAAUCCAACUAAAUGUGGACUAUACAACUAUAUCACAAGAUAUCAGAGAUUUCUUACAACAUUUUAAGACUGAUGUAACUGAUGAAAAUCAAUAUUUGACUACAGAUGGAAAUAUAGAUAAUGAGAAUGAUGUAAACAUGGUCCAGGAAGACAAGGUUGGGGGUCCGGACAUCGGGAAGGGACCUAAAUAUAUGUAUAUUCUACAAAGAGUCGCUAAUAGAGAGACUGAUGAAAUAUUUAUUGAGUUAGAUGACAUAUUACAGUACCAGAAAGAAAAAUUCCUCGAUGGUUCUAGGACACCUAUUGAUUUAGUAGGGUUAAUUCAGGAGAAUACAAAACAUUUCAUUGAAUUGUUCUCUAGGGCCAUAGAUGAGGUUAAACCUCUGCCAACAAAGGAGAUUGAUUAUAAAGAUGAUGUUCUCGAUGUUAUCUUGAACCAAAGAAGACUGAGGAAUCAAAGAUUGAUCUCAGAUAGGGUCAAUGAGAUUGGACAGGAGAAUCUUAUCGAUAAUUCCCAAAAUUCUGACACUUUAAGAGAAUUGGCAGAAGAUGAAGCUGAACUGUUCCCACCCAUCUUGACUAGACGUUAUUCUGUGUAUUUCAAACCUUUGUCUUCUCGUGGUAUGUAUCGUUAUAAAUUUUCUGGUAAAAAAAUCCAAAUGAUGAGACCUUUAUCAGUUAGACAAGUCAAAGGUGACUAUUUAGGUAAAUUGAUUACUGUCAGAGGUAUUGUGACUAGAGUCUCUGAUGUCAAACCAGCAGUCACUGUGAUUGCUUAUACAUGUGACCAAUGUGGUUAUGAAGUGUUCCAAGAAGUUAAUACACGUACUUUCACACCAUUAACGGAAUGUACUUCUAAAGAAUGUUCCCAAAAUCAAACUAAGGGCCAAUUAUUUAUGAGUACAAGAGCUUCUAAAUUCAGUGCAUUCCAAGAAUGUAAGAUUCAAGAAUUGUCACAACAAGUCCCUGUAGGUCAUAUCCCACGUUCUUUAACUGUUCAUGUUAAUGGUCCUUUAGUCAGAUCGUUGACACCUGGUGAUAUUGUUGAUGUCAGUGGUAUCUAUUUACCUUCGCCAUAUACUGGGUUUAAAGCUUUGAAAGCAGGGCUGUUAACUGAGACUUAUUUGGAAUCACAAUAUGUUCGUCAACAUAAGAAAAAAUUUACUUCAUUUCAAAUGACUAGUGAUAUGGAGCAACGUGUCCUUGACUUAGUGUCACAGGGAGAUGUGUAUAAUAGAAUGGCUAAAUCCAUUGCACCAGAAAUUUUUGGUAAUCUAGAUGUGAAAAAGGCAUUAUUAUUACUGUUGGUAGGUGGUGUAGAUAAAAAAGUUGGUGAUGGGAUGAAAAUUAGAGGUGAUAUUAAUAUUUGUUUAAUGGGGGACCCUGGUGUUGCUAAAUCACAACUGUUGAAAGCAAUCUGUAAGAUUACACCACGUGGUGUCUACACUACAGGUAAAGGUUCCUCCGGUGUGGGUUUAACAGCCGCAGUUAUGAAAGAUCCAGUUACGGAUGAGAUGAUUUUAGAAGGUGGUGCCCUUGUACUCGCAGAUAAUGGUAUCUGUUGUAUUGAUGAAUUUGAUAAGAUGGAUGAGAAUGAUAGAACUGCAAUCCACGAAGUUAUGGAACAACAAACCAUUUCUAUCUCCAAAGCAGGGAUCAAUACAACAUUGAAUGCAAGAACUUCUAUUUUAGCGGCUGCCAAUCCUGUGUAUGGUAGAUACAAUCCAAGGCUAUCACCAUUAGAAAAUAUUAACUUACCAGCUGCUUUGUUAUCAAGAUUUGAUGUCUUAUUUUUAAUGUUGGAUACACCAAAUAUGGAAUCAGACUCACUUUUAGCAGAGCAUGUUGCAUAUGUUCAUAUGUAUAAUAAACAGCCAGACCUUGAUUUUGAACCAAUUGAGCCUGCCCGUAUGAGAGAAUACAUUGCUGUGGCAAAGAGUAAAAGACCGGUGAUGAGUCCUGAAGUCAAUGAAUAUGUGAUUCAAGCAUAUAUAAGAUUAAGACAAGAUUCUAAACGUGAAAUGGAUUCUAAAUUUUCCUUUGGACAAGCUACGCCAAGAACUUUACUUGGUAUAAUUAGAUUAGCACAAGCAUUAGCUAAAUUAAGAUUAAUGGAUACAGUGGAGAUUGAAGAUGUUGAAGAAGCAUUAAGAUUAAUUAAAGUAUCUAAGGAAUCAUUAUAUCAGGACAAUAACAGAAGACGUGAAGAAGAGAAUCCAACGACUAAAAUAUUUACAAUUAUUAAAAAGAUGUCGCAAGAUAGGAUUCAUGGAAAUACAAUACCUUAUGAUAGUAUAGUGAAGGCGGUUAGAUCCCGUGGUUUUACCAUGUUACAGUUAAGUAACUGUAUACAAGAAUAUUCAUAUUUAAAUGUUUGGCAUUUGAUCAAUGAAGGUUCAGAAUUGAAAUUUGUUGAUGAUGAAAUAUCACAUCAGCUAGAAGAUGAGGAGCAUGAAGAUACAAAUGAUAAAAUGAUAGUAGAUGAAGAAGGUGAAUCCUAA